CGCCAGCGCCACCGCCUGAAUUGCCUGCAGGUGGCUGUUCUCGGUUCCCUGCCGUUCAGGCAGAUCGAAAGCCACUCUGUUUUGGGGUCCUCGCGCCCCUUCCACGUCUCCCGGAAGCGGCAGCAGGGCCCGGGCGGGUUGGGUAGGAGGUUUACUGAGUUUGGGUCCCUUCUGGGCCCGCUGCUGAGGGGGCGCGGCCCAGGACGGCGAUUAGGCCGUGGGUGCAGCUUCUCCGGAGUCCUCAGGUGAGGCGGAGGCGAGGGCCCACUGGACGAGACGGGGGUGUUAACGAUCCUAGGAGUCGGGGCGCAGUCCCUUCAGCCGAGACCCUUGUCUGUCCGCCUUCUUUCGGGUCGCGCUCGUCUUCGCCCUAUUAGGGGCCUGAGGAGGGUAGCUGGAGAGACCCCUUGGGCUUCAGCCGACGUUGUUUCCUGCCCUCCUCUGUCUUCCACCCGAACCCUGCCUGGCCUCUCCGUCCUUCUUGCACUGAACGAGAGUGGUUGGGAGCGUAGUGGGGGUCUCUACUCUCCUGAGAUCCGCAGACUGACAGACCCCAGGGCUCUACCGACUAAGCCUGACCGACUGACCGCCAGUCUCCUUCCCUCUGUGCCGACGCCUGGUCUUUGAAGCAGGCCCUGCCACCGCCCUCUGCACACCCAUCCCACGCACCCUCUCUGCCCCUGGGCAGUGCCGGGGGAAUUGACGGCUUUGUGCCUGUGAGAUGUUUUUGUCAGUGGGGCAAGGGCCCAGGGCCCAUCUAAGUAUUUAUUUAAUUAGAUUUGUCCAUAAGAUUAUUCUGCUGUCAUCAUGUCUUGGUUUGUUGAUCUUGCUGGAAAGGCAGAAGAUCUUUUAAACCGAGUCGAUCAAGGAGCCGCAACAGCUCUCAGUAGGAAAGACAAUACCAGCAACAUCAUACAUAGCAAAAAUACUGACUAUACUGAACUUCACCAGCAAAAUACAGAUUUGACAUAUGAGAGUGGACCUAAAGCUACCUACAUUUCAUCAGCAGCUGAUAACAUUCGAAAUCAAAAAGCCACCAUCUUAGCUGGCACUGCAAAUGUGAAAGUAGGAUCUCGGACACCCGUAGAGGCCUCUCAUCCUGUUGAAAAUGCAUCAGUUCCUAGGCCUUCAUCCCAGUUUGUGCGAAGAAAAAAGUCAGAACCUGAUGAUGAGCUGCUGUUUGAUUUUCUUAAUAGUUCACAGAAGGAGCCUACUGGGAGGGUGGAAAUCAAAAAGGAAAAAGGCAAGAUACCUGUCUUUCAGAGUUCUCGGACAUCAAACGUCAGUUCUGUGAACCCCAGUGUAACCACCAUCAAAACCACUGAAGAAAAUUCUUUUGGGAGCCAAACCCACGCAGAAGCUGCCGAUAACUCAGAUUCUAGCCAUGAAGGUCAAGAGGAACAUUCAAAGGAAAAUGCAUCAUCAAAUGCUGCCUGCACUGAGCACACCCCAGCACCUAAUGAUGAUGGCAAAUCACAUGAACUAUCUAACCUUCGACUGGAGAAUCAGCUGCUGAGGAAUGAAGUUCAGUCUUUAAAUCAAGAAAUGGCCUCGUUACUUCAAAGAUCCAAAGAAACUCAAGAAGAAUUAAACAAAGCAAGAGCAAGAGUUGAAAAGUGGAACACCGACCAUUCAAAGAGUGAUCGAAUAACUCGAGAACUUCGAGCCCAAGUUGAUGACCUGACUGAAGCUAUGGCUGCAAAGGAUUCCCAGCUGGCUGUACUGAAAGUGAGACUCCAGGAAGCUGACCAGCUGCUGAGUACUCGCACAGAAGCAUUAGAAGCCUUACAGAGUGAAAAAUCACGAAUAAUACAGGAUCAAAGUGAAGGUAAUAACUUGCAGAAUCAAGCUCUGCAAACUCUUCAGGAGAGACUGCAUGAAGCCGAUGCCACUCUGAAGAGAGAGCAGGAGAGCUAUAAACAGAUGCAGAGUGAGUUUGCUGCGCGCCUUAAUAAAGUGGAAGUGGAACGUCAGAAUUUAGCAGAAGCAAUUACGCUGGCAGAAAGAAAAUAUUCAGAUGAGAAGAAGAGAGUUGAGGAACUGCAGCAGCAAGUCAAGCUAUAUAAGUUGAACUUGGAGUCCUCUAAGCAGGAAUUAAUUGACUACAAGCAAAAAGCUACUAGAAUACUCCAAUCUAAGGAAAAAUUGAUUAACAGCUUGAAGGAAGGCUCUGGUUUUGAAGGCCUGGAUAGCAGCACUGCCAAUAGCAUGGAGCUGGAAGAACUUCGACAUGAGAAAGAGAUGCAGAGGGAGGAAAUACAGAAGCUGAUGGGUCAGAUACAUCAGCUCAGAUCCGAGUUACAGGAUAUGGAGGCACAGCAAGUUAAUGAAGCAGAAUCAGCAAGAGAACAGUUACAGGAACUGCACGACCAAAUAGCUGGGCAGAAAGCAUCUAAACAAGAGCUAGAGACAGAACUGGAGCGACUGAAGCAGGAGUUUCACUAUAUAGAAGAAGAUCUUUAUCGAACAAAGAAUACAUUGCAAAGCAGAAUUAAAGAUCGAGAAGAAGAAAUUCAAAAACUCAGGAAUCAGCUUACCAAUAAAACUUUAAGCAAUAGCAGUCAGUCUGAGUUAGAAAGUCGACUUCAUCAGCUAACAGAGACUCUCAUCCAGAAGCAGACCAUGCUAGAGAGCCUCAGCACAGAAAAGAACUCACUAGUCUUCCAACUGGAGCGCCUUGAGCAGCAGAUGAACUCUGCCUCUGGAAGUAGUAGUAAUGGGUCUUCGAUUAAUAUGUCUGGAAUUGACAAUGGUGAAGGCACUCGUCUGCGAAAUGUUCCUGUUCUUUUUAAUGACACAGAAACUAAUCUGGCAGGAAUGUACGGAAAAGUUCGCAAAGCUGCUAGUUCAAUUGAUCAGUUUAGUAUUCGUCUGGGAAUUUUCCUCCGAAGAUACCCCAUAGCACGAGUUUUUGUAAUUAUAUAUAUGGCUUUGCUUCACCUCUGGGUCAUGAUUGUUCUAUUGACUUAUACACCAGAAAUGCACCACGACCAACCAUACAGCAAAUGAACCAAGCCCCGUUGUUGCAGUGAUUGGUUGUCUUUUUCUAGACUUGGGAUCUGCAGGAAGGCCAAUUGCCUAACAUUUCUGAGAACAGUGCACAAGAUUAUUUUAUCACUACAGCUUUUAACUUUUUAAGUUAUUAUACAACUGUUCUGCUACCUAAAUCUUCCUAUUUCCUUUAACUGGUAAGAGUUUCUAAAACAAUAAUUUAACAAGCUCAGCUCUGCUUUUUCUGAGUUCAGUGGUCCUAAUAUAUAUGUAGAGAAAGAUGCUGGGUUGUUCACCUCUGUACAGACCAUCUGUAUAUUAGGUGACAUUGAUUAUGGGUUAUAAUCAGGGAAAUUAAUUGUAUUUAGUGACAAAAAUAAAAUGUUUUCUUUUUUGAUAA